AUGGACAUUGACACUAAUUUACUUUUGGCCGAGAAGGAUGCGGCCUACCUAACCGUCCGCAGGCGUCGCCUGGAGCUCGAGGAGGCCAAUAAGGAUUACGAGCGUGAGGAAGCCCUUCUUCACUUGCUGGAGAAGCGCCAGUUCGCCGUCGCCGCAGUCGAUCAAGAAGCACUCCUGAACGCUUGGAACAUUGGCAAUGCGGAGAGGAUGGCCGCUCGGAAGCGCUUCACGCCCGCGCCGGAGCCUACUAUCGAGGCGUACAACGUGGUCGGCCAACCGAGAUCUGGUUCUUACCCCCGUAGCAUCCACGAGGACAGCGCCGAGGCGCUUUUUGAAGCAGAUUCCCGUCUAGCCUAUGGUCUCGAGGCGCUGAACAACCUGAACAAGGGCGCUUGGGAGGACCGAUUGCCCGAGCUGCGAACAAAAAUCGUCCAAGCUGAGAAGAAGCUUGCCGUCGCGCAGGCGGCCUACGAUGACAUGGCAGCCCGAACGCGUGCAGCUGGGAGCUACUUCAACAACAUCAACAAGGAGCUCGGGCGUCAGUGCGCCGAAGCCGACUAUGCCCUGCCACCGCCUCAAGAAUAUGGCCCGAUGCCGCCCCUCAUCCACUGGCUGAACGGGCAAUACAUCGGAUACAUCGAAGGCAUUGCCACCUCGACUCAUCCGACUUGGAUAGGACGACCGGAGCAAGAUUCCGGCACCAAGGUGCCGGGGGCGUUUAGCGGCGAGCACCGCGAGGGCGUCGACACCAACGACUUCCCGCGCCCUGGCAACACUGAGGCUCACGUCUACGCCAUUCUGGUCGACGACGCCACCAGCCAGAGCACCAGUAAUGAGAAGGCCAACCCAUUCGACGGCGGAGCGGCGAGCAGCGACGGCAAAUCGGCGGAGACCAUGCACGACGAGCACGAUGCUGCAAAAACGCCCAAACGGGGCAAGGGCCGUCCGUCGUCACUUCAGGACGGCUAUUGCGUCAACUGCCCGCCGUCGAAGGGGCUGCAGCCAGUGAGGAACAUCUACACGCACCCACUGUGCCCGCCGUGCGGUACCCUCUAUAUCAAUGCAUCCACUCGCGCUCUCGAUAAGAAGGCCUGCAACGGUACCUGGUGCACCAAAGCCAAGCCCUGCGCCAUCUGCAGCUUCGAGAAGAAGUGGGCGCCCCUAGGCUUCCGCCCCUACACCAACACCACCAAAAAGCCCACUGAACUGAUAAUUGUACAUUCUGAA